CCUACACUGUUAAAAAUUACCAGCAUUUCACAAUAAUUAACAGUAUUAUUUUACAGUUACUUGUUGUAAUUAAGUUUUCCCUGUAAUAUCCCAAUGAAUACCUGUAAAAAACUACAGUAUCCUUGGAUUUUACAGAAUUUAACUCUUAUUUUACAGUAAAAUCUUGCAAUCUAAAACCUGCUGUUAUAUCACAACAAGGUCUGUAAUAUCACAGCAACACAGUGAAAAAAAUUAAGGAUUUCACAACAUUAAACGGUAUUAUUACAGUGAAAUAUUGUAUUGAAAUAUGCCCUGGGAAGUCACAUGACAUAACCGAUCUGUUUUGAAUUGAAAGCGCCAUCGUGUCCCUCUUCUAUUCCGGGCUGAAUGGAGAAGCAGAUAUCCUAGUUACAAUAUGACUGAGCUAACUGGAGAGCCAUCCAAAAUCAUUUGGCGACAUUGGCAAGUACGGUGAUACUGCUGGAGACGGAUGUCACUCUCUUCUGCAACAAGUAAAAACGAGAGUGGAGUACAAAAAUAGGAAUAAAACUCUUGCUCAACGCCGCAGAGAAAGUAGACCGCGCACGGGAAUGGCAGGAGAGGCCAGACUGGCAAGAGGUCCUGUUGACCAAUACGGGUGUGUCAGGUGGGGCCCAGCAGAUUUGCCAGAGGGGGAGACCGAGGCAACGUUGGAGAAUAUAAAGAGGGAUCUGCUGAACAUCUACUCAGGCAUGCCAUCUAUUGUCUUUUGGGAGGAAGGAAUGAGUGGGGCAGAGAGAGCAGAACCAAUGAUGGAAAAGACAUACGUCAUCCUGCGGAAAUACCUUAACAAAGUGCCUGCUGCAGCGAUGUCUGAGAUCAAACAGGAAUGGCCAUUUCUCUUCUCUCAGAAAUGCCUAUUCUCGCACUUUGGCCUCCUGACGGACGUCGAUGUCCUUCAGAAGCUACAGAAGGCAAUUAGUCGACGAGGACAGACCAUCCUGGAUUACUGUGCAACACUGGACAACCCCAAGAUCCGUGAUGUUCUGGCCUGCUAUGAUCCAGACUCUGACAAGGCUGCCUGCAUUCUGCUGCUCCUAAUGUUGUACUUCAAAGAGCCGAAAGAGAGUUUGAUGCUUGAAGUUGAUCCAUGUGCCACUGCUGUGGACGUCAAUACUGCAGAACUCCCCGGAACCCCCUGCUUGAUCAUUCAAGGUGUCAUGAUGAAGCCCUCUGGAUGGCUUAUAUCCAUCAAGGGACAUGUCGUGAUGGGCCCACACCCUUUCUUUUUACACGGAGUAGCUGCUUUCUUCAGCAGCUAUUACAUAUUCAACCUUGAGUAUCCUGCCGCUGGAUCUUCGACACUGGAGUUCAUUCAAAGAUGCUUCCUGGGCAUCAAUCCUGAAAGAGGCUCAAAGACCAAGAAGCGGACAACAAUGAACCCUCAUGUGAGCACCCUUUUGAGGAAACUUAUUGACUUUGAGUGGGCAUCAUAGUUUUUUUUUUUUUUGCAGCGGUAGUUGUCAGGCUCAGUUUUGAGUAGCCUUGUUCUUUUUGUAA